AUGGAGGGUAUGGCGGGUUCGGCGACACAAGCAACUCCCACCACGCAGAUUCCACAAGCAGCCCCUAUGACAAGCAUGACUACAGAUAACGUGGUGCCAUUGGUGCGACUAGUCAAGAGUAUGAGGGAAAUGGGCUAUGAACCGUAUAUGGGGGAACAAGAUGCAGAGAUAGCUGGAAUAUGGAUUAGGAAGGUAGAAAAGACCAUGGUUCAAAUAAGCAUACCCGAGGGGUUGAGGGUAAACUGUGCAACCCAGUUAUUGUCUGAUAGGGCCAUGACAUGGUACCAUCGUAAGGUGAAAGAACAAGAGUUUUUGGCAUUAAGACAGGGUGAUAUGUCGGUAUUGGAGUACGAAAGGAAGUUCCAUGAUCUCUCAUUGUUUGCCCCACACUAUGUGCCAACAGAGGAACAUAUGAUUGAGAAGUUGAGAGAUGGUUUGCGACAGGACUUAAGACAAGGAUUGAUCGCCUUACGAUUUAAAUCAGUGAGAGAGUUGAUUGAGGCUGCCCAAGCUUUAGAGGAGGAGGUCAGGGCUGCAUCGGAUGUGGUGGCAGGUACACUACUAUUGAAUGAUUUUAAUGUGCAUGUAUUGUUUGAUCCGAGUGCCACCCACUCAUUCAUUGCUAAGAGAAUUGUCACUAAACUGAGAAAGGGAGUAGAAAAAGUAGAGAAGGGAUUCUUAAUUGGAACUCCAAUGGGAAACAUGGUUGAAACAAAUAUUGUGUAUGUGGAUGUGGGGGUUAGUCUAUCUGGAUAUGAAACAAAAGUAGACUUGAUUCCUUUAGAGCUGCAUGAUUUUGACAUAAUCCUAGGCAUGAAUUGGUUGAGUAAAUACAAGGCUCUAAUAGAUUGUUAUGCUAAAACUGUUACUUUCCAAACCCCUAAGGGCGAGAGAAUGAUUUUUGAAGGAGAGAGAAUUCUCAAACCAAUUGCCUUGAUAUCGGUGGUAACAGCCCAAAAACUUUUAAGAAAGGGAUGUAUGGGAUACCUUGCAUACAUCUUAAACUGUGAUGAUGAAGGUCCACAACUGAAGGAUAUUCUUGUGGUGAAGGAAUUCCCAGAUGUGUUUCCCGAAGAACUACCGGGACUACCCCCGGAGCGAGAGGUAGAAGUGUCUAUAGACACUUUUCCUGGAGUCCCACCUAUAGCCCAACAACCGUAUCGGAUGGCUCCGGCAGAACUGAACGAAUUAAAGACUCAACUACAGGAAUUGUUAGACAAAGGGUUCAUACGGCCUAGUAAUUCUCCAUGGGGAGCACCGGUGUUAUUUGUAAGAAAGAAAGAUGGAACCCAUAGACUUUGUAUUGACUACCUACAACUGAACAAGAUAACAAUGAAAAACAAGUAUCCAUUACCUCGAAUAGAUGAUUUGUUUGAUCAAUUAAAGGGAGCGAGGGCAUUUUCGAAGAUAGAUCUGAGAUCAGGGUACUAUCAGAUGAAGAUUAAAGAAGCGGAUGUAGCAAAGACUGCAUUUAGAACUCGUUACGGAGACUAUGAAUUUUUGGUGCUACCGUUCGGGUUGACAAAAGCCCCAGCCCUCUUCAUGGACCUGAUGAAUCGGGUUUUCCAACCAUAUCUUGAUAAGUUUGUGGUGGUGUUCAUUGACGAUAUACUGGUGUACUCAAAUUCUUUCGAGGAGCACGAAGAACACUUGAGACAAACCUUACAAACCUUGAGAGAUCACCAGUUAUAUGGAAAACUGAGUAAAUGUGAAUUUUGGUUGAAGAGAGUGACGUUUUUGGGACAUGUCAUUUCAGCUGAAGAAUACCAUCCGGGGAAAGCAAACAUGGUGGCAGAUGCCCUCAGUCGCAAAAAUAAAGCCACCCUAGGAAGGUUAACAGUGGGAAAGGAGCAGCAAUUGGCGGAAUUGAAAGAGAUGGGUGCAGAUUUGGACAUUAAUGCCGGAGGUGGGUUAGGGCGUAAGAUAAGGAGGAAUGUGGAGGCCGGAGUAGAAAUGAAAUUCCGAGUAGCGGAUGAUGGAUCCUUGAUGAUGGGACAACGGUUAUACGUGCCUAGUGACGAAACAGUCAAACGAAUGGUUCUACAAGAAGCACAUGAGUCUCGGUUCUCCAUACAUCCUGGCAGCACUAAGAUGUAUCGAGACCUGAAACACCUCUAUUGGUGGCCUGAUAUGAAAAGGGAAAUAGCUGAGUACGUGUCUAAGUGUGGGAUAUGUCAACAAGUCAAGGUUGAACACCAAAGGCCUGCGGGACCAUUACAACCAUUACAAAUUCCAGAAUGGAAGUGGGAGAUGAUCACCAUGGAUUUCGUGUCAGGAUUUCCCAAAGGGAGGAAAGGAAAUGACGCGAUAUGGGUUAUCGUAGAUCGGUUGACGAAAUCCGCACUAUUCUUGCCUAUAAAGAUGACCGACUCAGUGGACAAGCUUGCCAAGAUUUAUAUAAAUGAGGUGGUACGGCUUCAUGGGAUUCCAGUGUCCAUUGUAUUGGAUCGAGAUCCCAGGUUCACCUCUCCACUUUGGCCAAGCAUACAACAUGCCUUGAGAACAAGAUUGGACAUGAGCACUGCGUUUCACCCUCAAAUGGAUGGCCAGUCAGAAAGAAUCAUCCAAGUCUUGGAAGACCUAUUACGGGCCUGUGUUUUGGAAUUUGAAGGAAACUGGGAGGAACACAUGGCAUUAGUGGAGUUCACGUAUAACAAUAGUCACCAAGCCAGAAUAGGGAUGGCCCCAUAUGAAACCUUGUAUGGUAGGAGGUGUAGAACUCCUUUAUGUUGGGAGGAAAUCGGGGACCGGAAGUUAUAUGGCGCAGAAUUGGUCUAAGUCACCACGGAGAAAGUGAGAACUAUCAGGAAUCGCAUCAAGAACCUCUUAAAUUUCGAGGACGAAAUUCCUAUUAAGGGGGGGGGGGGAAUCGACGCAGUUUCUGCUGCCGAUUUCAGCAUCUGCAGUGAAGCAAUUUUUGCUGCCGAUUUCUCGAUCGGCAGUGACACAGUUUCCGUUGACGAUUUCUGCAUCUGCAGCGAAUCAAUUUCCGCUACCUAUUUCUGCAUUGUCAGCGACGUAGCUUCCACUGCCGAUUUCUGCAUCUACAGCGAAGCAGUUUUUGCUUCCGAUUUCUGCAUCAAUAGCGACGCAAAACCUAAGCCUUGUGAACGUGUGAGGGAGAGAGAGGAGACCUUGAGAGAAGAUUGGACAGCCACCUAG